AUGAAGCUGACAUCCAUCCUCCUUCUCACUGUUCUUGGAUUCUGUGCAGUCUAUGCUGCUGAUGUUGUCGAUGGAGAAGUAACUGAUGACGCCCCAAAAGCUAAUCUGGAAGAGGAUGACCUCACGAUCGGAGCAUCCCCAGAUGCUGAACUUGCUUUCCACUUUGUGCAACCAGCAGAUGCCAACGUUCUUCACGAAUUCUAUACGGGAAAGCCCGUCAAGUUCCUAAUUGGUUUCCAAAACAAGGGAGAAAAGGACUUCGUCGUCAAGUAUUCCGAGACCUCUUUCCGUUUCCCAACUGACUACAACUACCACCUUCAAAACUUCACCAGAGGAGAGUACAACCGUCGUGUUUCUCCAAAGGAGGAAGUCACUCUUGAUUAUGGUUUCUAUGCUCACGAAACUUUCGCCGGACGCCCAGUUGGACUUGUUGUCAAUAUUCACUACCAAGAUGCUGACGGCAACGUCUUCGUCAACAAUGUUUUCAAUCAAACUGUCAACAUUCUGGAGGACGACUCUGGCUUCUCUGGAGAGACCGGAUUCCUUUUCAUCUUCUUCGUUGCACUUUCAAUUGGAGGACUUUAUCUCGCUAACCAAUUCCUGUCGAAAUUGUCCCGUAAAUCUGGGCUCUCCAAGCGUAGAGUUGUUGAGCAAGGAACAUCUUCCGAAGUAGAUUUCGAAUGGAUCCCAAGAGACGCUGUUAAAAACAAGGAGAAGAAGUCUCCAGUCGCCGGAUCACCGAAGGCUCGCAAAUCUGCCAAGAAAGCCGAGUAA